CUAGUGGACGAAGAUGAUGAUGGAUUUGAUCUCAUUCAGCCAUCGCUGAUCCAGCAGUUGAAGACCAUCCUAGAUCAGUACCCUGACGAUGGACAGAUAUUGAAGGUAAGAAAUGUGGAAGGCUUAAGGUGCAGAUCCGAAUUUUGACGGAUUCUUGCUUUCAGGUUUAAGACGAAGUGAAAUUCGUGAAUCUGAUAAAACUAGCGGACUCAAUGCUUAUUUAAAGAAAUUUGAAGGGAAAAAAUUACGAAUUUUUAGGAAAAUGCUUUUUUUGCGAGAAAGACUGUUAAACACUGUUCAACGCUUACAAACGUCAACAAAUAGCUAAAACUAUAAUUUCUAUAUGUUUGCAUGGCUCGAAAUCGCGGACAUUUACAAGGCCCUAAAGCUUUUUGCUGACUUGUAAGGACCCAUCUGUUAUAAACAUCCCCAAAAUAAAGGCAUAAAUCUCAUAGUGUAUUAGAUAUAAUCGUGUAAAGUUUGCUUAACAUUUUCACAUAAAUUAUGACCAAAAUUUGGUCAUAAUUUAUUUAUUUAGGCCUGAAUUUCUCGCAUUGGGUCUUUGCAAUUUUGGUGAAACUCUGUUCAACUUAAGGCACUAAUGCGCACUAUAUGUAGCCGAUAGAUUUUCCCGAAAAAAUGCCAGCAACAGCAGAAUUUCGACUCAGACCCCAAAGAGGCGUGGCACUAGACCACGUGACAUUUACUCCGAUUGCCAAAAAUUUUAUGCUAUAUUGUAGAUUGAUCUAUAUGACUGUUAUCCAUGCUAUAUGUUAGACUUACGAUCAAAGUAAAGGUGGGGAUACCAGAGAGCUUCAAAGUAGGAUGGUACGCCCACAAAAUAACUGGGUCGAGUCACCUUAACUCCUCUUCAAUCGCUCUCUUCAGUAUUGUACUCUUCUGCUGACUCGCAGGGCUUGUCCGCGUAGGAAUUACAUCUUCAUAUAUAGCCUGUUGGAAUUUUUGAUGGAUAUUCGGCACAAACUCAGGAUUAAAAGUCCAAGAGUCGUCAGAAUAGACAUGCAAUUGACAGGCUUUCAAGAGUGAGACAUUUUAUUUAGACGGGAAGAUGAUGGUGGUUCAAAAGCAACAAUGACAAACAACUAGUACGGCAAAAAAACAAUAGGUUUGAAUUAGCAAAACGAUAGUUUUGAACGAGCAUCACGCCUUUUGGACAUUUCUUUGCAGUCAUUGGACGACCCUGACUUGAAACUUCCUAAUUUCACGUUUUUGGAGGACGUAAACUCAAGAUAACGAUGUUCGACUUUUUUUUUAAACCUAGAUACAGUUUUUUAGAAUUUAACUGCAACCCACGUGAAAAGGCGGCCAUGAUGGGGCUCAAUACAAUAGAUUUUUUUUCUCGAACAAUUUACAUGAAAAUAGUACUUUAUUCUCAGCGUUCUCUCUCUCACGUUGUAUUGAGAUUGGGCACCGACAGUCUUGUCCUGUUGAUGAAUGCUCUGCAGAGAAAAGGGAGGGUUUGGGUAUGGAAAAAAUACAUAGAGGACGAAACUUGACUGUGGACUGUACAAUUUAACAUUGGCCGCAAAAGAAAUAAGCGGUGUAUAUGAAUGGCAAAAAAUAAAUAAAUAAACCUGAGAGGAAAUUUAACUUCGUCCGUAAAACAGUUACUAUAAAACUAUACGUUACGAAGCAGGGUAUCACACCACGAGAUGAAAAUGAACUAAAAGCGGCGAUGAAGACAGCACGUGUUCGCGAAGCAAAACAGAGUUAAGACAAAAAACAAAAAAUUAAACAGACCUCUAGAGUGACCUCUUCUGCUGCGGCAUUUUGUGGAUUAGCAGGCGGUUCCUCCGUGUUCUGUGGAGGUGGAGGCGGUGGCUGGUUUAAAACUGCUGCCGCUUGAGCCGCUUGAAGGUUUUGGUCCGCCGGUACUUGGACUUCACGGUCUGCCAUUUUAACUAAACCGCUUUGCAAGAUCGAUAGAAUGGCAUUAUUUAUUCCGUCUCAUCUUCUUUUAUACGUGAGAGGUGAGACCGCUGAGAAUAGAGUUUAGUUCCCAGAGGAGGGAAAUGCUUUUGUUCUGACCACCAAUAUGGCCGCUGUGACGUCACGAGCAAACUAACAAUAGUGAAACUAGCAGUUAACGAAGCAACUGAGUUGACUGGUUUGUGAGCUAGGACCGUAUUAUUCAGCUGGUUUUUAUUCUAAAGUUUGCCUUCGGGCCCUUAAUGCUUCUAGAACUUUCGAGAAAAGGAUAGGUAAGGUGGAAAGGAAUAAGACAGUGUGAGAUAAGAUAAGGCCUAUAGUGGGGCAGAUAUGUGCAGAUUUGGGGCCGGAUUGUUCACUUUUUGUUAAAAGCACCAAAUUUUCAGGAAUGACAGAACCAAUUAUGACUAUUAAAAUGUGAUAUGGUGCCAUCGCAAAUUUUUCCUGUCGAACUGGUUUUUGGAGUGAAAAUUAAACCGGCCGCCAUUUUGACCGGAAGUAUUUAUCAUCUAGCCGAAAGUACACAAAAUUAAGCAUUUUUUAAGCCAAAAUAACGAUCAAAUUGUUUAUUAUGUAUACUAAUCUUGGCUAUUAAUAUGUGAUGUGGUGCCAUCGCAAAUUUUUCCUGUUAAACCGGCGUUUGGAGUUAUUACUAAAAUGUUCGCCAUUUUGACCGGAAGUAAAUAUCACCUAACUAAAAGUACACGAAAUUUAGCAUGUUAGGGUCAAAAUGACGACAAAAUUGUUUGUUCUAUGUUUUUCCGGAUAUUUAUGUCAUGUAAAAAAGUCAACCGUGUUACAAAUUAGCGGAUUAAAUGAAAGAACCGGAGAUAAAAGCGGGCCAAAAUGGAAAAUGCAACUCAUUCAAAGCAAUUCAUUUCAGUAGUGCAUUUAAAACAAAUGUGAAACAAUGAUUCACAUUUUUAAGCAUAGGAAAGGCCAAACAUUCGAACAAAUUAAACCAGCAAAAAACAGAUUAUUUCUUUUUACUUGGCUUAUUGACCAACAUCAAUCUUCUUCUGACUCACAAUAUCCAUACAAGGUCAAGAGAUUAGGUUCUUAGAAUUAAUAAAAUUAUCACCUGAGAGAAAAUGCUUUUCUCUCUUUUAUCAAAUUAUCUCAACUUAUUCUUUUAAGGAAAUGUAUAGAGACCAGUUUGAAGAACUAGUAAGAGUUAAAAGAGUUGAUCCAUUAUUAACUAGAAUGCAGAAUGCUUUGCGGUUUUCAAAGUAAUUUGAGGUAUAAUAGCUCCACCAUUUUGUGUUAUUGAGGAGUAUAAAUAACAGCCUUUGCAUGUACAUAUUGGAUUGAAAUUGCUUUCACGAUAACGUCUGCUCACUUCAAAGUUUACCAUUUUCAAAAAGUUUCCGGGAAAUCCGUUUGGAAGGUAAAUGGGUCCCCUACUCAGCCUACUCUUUACAAACAGUGUCUGGGUUCUUUAACUUCCCACAGCAUUUUAUAUGAACAAGGACCGUGAGAAGGGGCGUACAGGUUUUUUUAAUUCCAAUAAGACCAGAAAGACUAACCGUUUGGAGAUGACAUUAAAAAGGCAGCACUUCUCGUCAGUUAUUUAAAGAUCCUGAUCGAUAAUUGGUCUGGCCGGGGUUUGAAACCGCGGCUUCCCGCUCAGUAGACCGGUGUUUUACCCACCUGGAGCUAACCAGGCGGCGGUUUAAUUCAGCUGUAUUUCAUGAUCACUAUCAAGUGAAUCUGCGCCUCUCUCGACCGAAGUAAGAGUUAGUCUCUAAUCUUCAAUGUAACCACCCCCAGAAUGCCAUUUAAUCAUCAUGGACUGAGCAGCACUGACUAUCAUGCUAAAGUCCACAUGCAAGAAUCUAAGGAAAGAGCGUUUUCCGAAUGUGCAUCACUUACGCUAAUCCCCUGAGCAUGUAAAAUGUAUUCUCUUGGAUAUAGUACGUGACAAAUAUGUCGCGCCGAGAACGGCAUGAAGACUAAGAUCUGGGGUAAACGUGUAUCAGGAGCUAUACUAAGAAACUGGAAAAAGCUAGUUCUUUUGUAAAGAUCGAAACAGGCGGGUGUUUUUUAGAUUCCUUGCACAUUGAGCAACGCAUGUCGUCUAGGGCCAGACGUCCAGUCUUUUCCCUGCAUCGUUUGAAGUCAAUUCGCUAGAAAGCAUUUAUUGUUAUGCUAUAUCACAAAGCAGAUUCCCUUCUUUUAACUCUCUAUGUUGUUUGUAACCGAGACAUUUGCGUUGAGUCCACUCUCCGUUCUAACUACCCAUGAAGCUUCUCUACCAUGAAGCCAAGUUAGCUUCCUAUCAUAUAUCUUGGUACUAAUGUACAUCUACGCUACCUUGCACCCUACGAGAUUGCUAAAGUGUUUACUAAAAAGCUGCACUUUCACUUCCUCCGUUCCAUGCAUUCACUGGAUGUGACAAAGUUAGUACUUCUGGUCACCUCCAGAAAUAAUCGGAGUUGUUUUUGCUUACACGUUCUUCUAUACGAUAGAAAAAGUAGUUCUUUGCCGUCAACUGACGAAGCCAAAAGUAGUUUCUUUGACCCGGCCUGCAUUACUUAAACAUUUCAAGGGCACGCCGAACCAUGCUGGCCACAUAUGGAGUCAGCAAGCACUGGUACCAAGCAUCUCGGUUCCAAGUCUGCAAGAUUGGGGCUGGAUAUUUCUAAGAGGAGAGUGUUGACUCUCCUGCUGAGGGUGGAACUAGUAAAGUACGCUCGUAGGAAGGGCUAUGCCCCGAAGAGUGACAAUCGUGAAAGGCGAUCCCCAACUCUUUUUUCGAUUACAGGCACUCGCCUGCAUGAAGUAUCAAGUCAUUAGGUCACUGAGAUACCAUUUGCUCUUCUUCGAUAUUCCGUAUCAUAGCCAAAGUAGGCUGACGUUCAGUAAUGGAUUAUACAUGAUGAAAAUAGUAAAUUGAACGUAUACAUUACAUUUAUAAAGAAAAUAUUAAAGUCAAGAAAACUAGCAGGCACAACAGAAGUUUAUUAAGCUCAUUCCUUAAAAGUUCCGACUUAGACUACGAGCAGUCUCUCUUUUUUCUGUAGUCCGUCGAGCAAAACGCGAGACACGCAAAUGGCCAUAAACCUGAAGAAAAAGAGAGACUGCUUGCAGUCUAGUUCCGACUCUGGUAGUUUUACUUCCGGUCUAGCUGGCGGCCACUUAUAUCAUCUCUAUUCUACUUUUUAGACAAUUUGCGUUGAAAUAAUAUCUCUUUGUAUGAAAAAAACACCUGCCUUAGGCAUUAACUGACAUUUUCUUAUCCAGGUUGCUAAAAUUCAGACGUUUUGAAGAAAAUGUUAAUUUCACUUCCGGUUUAAAAUGGCCGCCAUAAUAAAAAGUCCUAUUUUUCGCACUUAACGGACUUUUUAGCGAUGGCACCAUAUCCUAUCUUUUUUAGGGCCUUGAAAACUAUCAUCAUGCCAAAUUUCAUGCUUUUAACAGAAAGUGAACAAUUCAAGCACAUAUCUGCUCUACUACUAGACCAAACGUUGAACUUUUUCAUGAGUAAGAACCAAACUCUAACAGCAAGUGGUAACGUUUGCGCAUGCGUCAAGCUUGCUGGGAGGCACUUGUUGACGGGAAAUCGUAAUGGCCGAAAGCUCUUCUGAAGCACUUUUAAGGGAGAUUUUUUGAAAACCCAAUGAACAGCAGACAUGACUUAUUGUUUGGAUACUUUGGUUAAGCCAUGUUGAAGUGUCAUGUAUGGCAAAAGGACCAUUUAGCUGGUUAAUUUUCAUCCAUUUGGCUCCUCUGAUGAAGCAGAUAAAGCGCUCACGAGGUCGUUUGUUGUGAUAUGUUGAUUUGUUGACAUUCAAGCGGUCACGGAUUUCUCGGUUAUCGUCCAUGAUCUGCAGAGCUGCCUAGUAUUUAGGUAAGAUAUACCCCUUGAUUUACUUUGUGAAAUGUGGAGCAGCAUCAUCGAAUGUUAUGUGUUAAAAUUAUAACAGGCUGAAUUCAACGUAAUUUAUGUGACGCCCAUAUUUCUGUAGUAUUUGACCCUGACCGUACAGCGAGAUCCAGUUAUAUAUCCCACAAAAGCGACUAAACAGGUUAAACUUCUCUUUCGGUCACUCCAUAUUUUCACUUUUAAUGGUUAAUUCAAAGGGGGAAGUUCGAGUAUUUUGAUACUAUUUAGCGGCAUGAAAUCAACAAGCAAAUUUCCUACUCUUACAAGUAAUGCCGUAGUCGGAUGCUUCCUUCCAUUUUAGAAAAUUUGCUUUUCUGGUUUACAUUGAUGCUCUAUGGCGAUUACUUAUUCUCAGAGAUUAAGAGAUCGAGGCGGUGGAUCGUGAGAUAUUAUUUGCGAAAACUUCGUUAAAGAUAGACAAAUUUUUCUUGUCCUUUUCAACCUUGUUUUCAGAUUUUUCGUGAACAUGUAAAAGUAUAUCCCAACAAAACGUAUUUGUAAAAGCAUUGUUUCAGAACACUCUUUCAUUCUUGAAUGUUUGAUUUUGCAUCCAAGGGGGGCGAACACUGAUGAAUUUGCGUUUUAAUAAUCAUGCACUGUAAGCUCUCAGAUUCAUUGACAAGAACCCUCACCAUUUGGAAGAUGAUUUUAUUCUGAUAAUUAUUCCAUGAUGAUUUGUUUAUACAUACAGAAUUGGCGCCAAAAAGAAUUUUAAUGUUAUGCUUAAAAUGUUUACAUAAUGUCUUGAAACAUAACUGAAAUCAAUAAAAAAUAUGAAAAUACACAUAUGUGCAUUCUUUUCCCUGCCCUACUACAAAAUAUGAUAAGUGUGAUUGAAUGCAUUUUCAUAUGACCAUUACAAUAUUACUCCCACUUUGACACUAGUACAAGUUCAAGCACAAAACAAUUCUUGUCCUUGUUCAGCUUAGCACUUGCUGGACUGCCAUUCCUGUUUGAAGUACAGACAACACUGGACAUGAAAUCUCUGAAUUUGAUUCCUUGCAUUGGCAUCCACAUAAGAAUUAGCUCCAUCACAUACAAUGUUCCUGUAUGCUUACAAAAAUCAUAAAUGUCAUUAUUCCUUUUCUAUCCAAAAGUUUUUUUUUUUUUCUUCUUGAAUAUAAAUUUGUAUCCAUGACACUUUAGAAAAUUAUCCUGAAUAUCUAAAGGGGUAUUGCUAGUUGUGGGCAACAACAAAAAUGCCAUAGGGGUAACUUUUCACUCUCCGAUAGAAAUAAUUCUUUUGAUACUCUGGGUCUCAUAUAUUCAGUGUUUGUGCACAUGAAUUUAGGAGCACUUGGCUUGCCAAUGUCACUUUGGCUGUGUAUACGCAGUAGUAGUGUAUAUAGUCAUCUAUCAUAGGCUGCACAAGUUGCAAUUUAUGUAAAAUUGCCCCUGAAACAAGCUCAUUGAUGCUCCUGAUGUUGCAAGAUGACAAGUUAUGAACAAUUUCAUUCGCCUUUUGCCUGUUGCAGGAGCUCCCUGUGAGAUGCUCAGCACUAAACCUUGUUGAUUCAGGUGAUAGUCCUUGAGGACGACUGCAUUGUCACAUUCAAACCAGUAACUGUUGCACUUUUCACUCAAGCCAUAGCAGAGCUGGUACAAAAUGGCGACUAUCUGUUUUUUAUUUAACCCUAUGCUGUCUGCAGAAUGUGAAGGGUCUGUCACUCCAUCCUGAACUGCAUCAAAUAGCCUUGGUGCCCCAGAAGACACACAGACAAGCUUUAAUUUUAUUAAAUCAUACAUUGGCUAACUUGAAGCUACCAUAAACUCAGACUUUAUAAACAUCAGGCUUUAAUAUAAUCUUAAGUUCUCCUCAUGUUGAAAUUGAAUGAAAAGGAAAAGUUAGAACUAAUUUUUUCUCAUUUUCAUUUUUUUAAAUCUUCAAAUCCUAAGAGCUUGGCCCCAAAUAGAUGUGGGCUAGUCAAGGGAGCUAAGCCUUAUUAGUUAUAUAUUAAAUAAUUAACACAUGUGCAGUAGAAAAUACCAACAACAAAAUUUAUGAAAAGCAAAAACGAGUGCAAGCAUGGAAGUAGCAGAAGCAGAAAAUUCACUUCAAUAUCUCAGAGAGAAAAUGCAGUUUUAGAUGUGACUGUGAUCUUUACUAUUUUAAGUAUUGUCACUGUUGUGUGCAUAUUUGCAAUUUUCUAGUAUGUAGAAGUGUGGGGAGUAAAGGGAAGGAUUUUUCAUGGUUAGGGUUACCUCAAUAAAACACUAAAACAGUAUAAGGGGCAUCUUGGAGUCAAGAGCCUCCAUACUACAAAAUUCUUCCUACACCCCUGAAUACGUUAAGGCAUCACAUACAUUUGAUAGAUGUCAUUUCUAGAGUUUGGGUCUUUAGUUUUAUAUCAUCUAGUCAAAAAUUUCAAAUUUCAUACCCCUGGGUGGGCUAUCAGUCGCAGAAUUAGGGCACUGCACCUGGUCUGGACACUGGUGGUUGGGGUGGGGUAUCUCUGAAAAGUAAUCACUGGCAGAAUCACUGCCCUGAGGUUGCACAUCUCUGAGCAACAGGGCAUUCCUGAACCAUAACUGACGUGAAAUCGUAUUAUUGCAAGGAGAUUGUAAAAAGAACGGCAAUUAUGACUAUAUAAACAGACUAGCAUUUAGAAUUGUUUUUCACAGCGUUUUAUUCAAAUCUUAAGUGUCGGACGUUUUGUACUCGGUCACAACUUACAUGAAGAGGUUUUUUCCCAGUUAUCCAGUGUUUAAUAGAGGAGUUUUGCAACUGUUACGCAGAACCCCAUCUAAGCUUGACGUGUCAGCGCGCAAGCCAAAACACGAAACAAUAUCACUCAUGGACAACAAACCGCGCAAAAUUGUGAAUGAUCUGCGACUUAUUAGCCUUGAGACCAAUCUCGCAUAUUACACAGAAGACUUUGUCUUAUCUGCACUCCACAAAGAUAGAACAUAUGACUAAGACGAUGGUAAUUUUGAAAAGAGGCGCCAUUUUUCUUUGCUGCAUUCGCUGCGAUCCAAUACCACAACAAACUUCCGUCCAGCGGCUCGCACAUACUCGCAACGUUACCACUUGAUGUUCCAAACUCUAAUUUGGGUCUACCUAAAUUUGGUUAAGAUCGUCUGUUGGGUCAGACGUCUACUUAGGAGGCGUCAAACCAAUCAACUGAAUAGAUCUAUUCGGCUAACUCAAUAUUGUACCCGUUUCAAAUCUCCCGGGGUUGAGAGUCUUUGUGUGUUGUAUUUGCAUUAUGUUGUGGCAUUCACAUUUAAAUUAUAUGGAAAUUCCUGAAACAAAACGUUUUAUUCCCAAAGGGUUUGAAUUGGGUACAACAUUGAGUUAGCCGAAUAGGUCCAUCAGAUCAGUAACAAAUUUUUCUUCCGAUCGAGGCUAAAUAUACAUCAUCAUUCAAAUUUUCAAUUUAUCAGUUUAGUUGGUCGCAUAUGAAGAUCGACCUUUUUGUCCGGAGACGAUCUUUAGACGUUCUAUCCUUCUGGAGCAGACAGACGUGUUUGACGAUCCAGACUCAUUCAGACGAACUUAACUUAGCCAGACGUCACAUUUUUUCAUGAACUUAACCCAAGUGUGGUUUCGUCUCAUGAAAAGUUCGAUGUAACCUAGGCCUAAGUUGGGAAUAGAGGAAUAAGAAAAGAGUAGUAAGAUGGGGUGGGACGAGAUGAGAUGAUAAAGGAUGGAAAGAGUCUUAAUGAAUUAUGACGAGACACAAUGGGAUAGGAGGAGAAUUAAGGACAAAGAUGAGAUGAAGUAAUGUGAGACGGGAAAAGAUGGGAUAUGCGAUGAAUGAUUUUGCUAAGAAGAAAAGGACACAACAAAUACGAGAUGUGAUUAGAUGAGACAAAAGAUAGCACCAAGUGGAUUACGUAAUAAGACAAGGUAGAUUAAUCAAUCAGGUAAAAAAAAUAAGAUGAAAUUAUUAAUAGUAGUGCCGUCUUGGAGGUGCCAUAAGGUGGAGUUAAUAGGGAGCUUUCGCAGCGACGACGGCUACCGCAACAGGACCGUCCAAAAGCUCUAGGUUUGAUCAGCAAAACAACAACUCUGUAGGUGCAUAUCCCCUUUUUGUGCACUUCUUUGCCAUCACUGCAUGACUACGAGAGGAAAUUCCCCAAGCGACAGUUUAUGGAGGACGUAAACACAAGACGACAAGUUUCUCUCCCUCUUUCUCUCUCUCUCUCUCUAACUCUAACCUUGGGUGCGGUCCCCAAGAAUUCACUUCAGGGAAAUUCACCCACAUUUGAGCUUCGAAACCCGCAGAAAAGUUUGCAAAAAAGCAAAGUUUUUUUUUCAAUACUGACGUUUCCACUGCCGUAGCCGUCGCCGUUGUAAGAGCUCCCUUAUAAUCAUCAUUCAGGGUGGUAAUGUGUGAGGUAGAAGAAGUGGCUUGGUUUGAAGUACUCAGUGGCUGAUAGUGCAGUUUAGGCCUCCUCUAUUUUAAUGUGCAUUUGUGUAUUAGGAGCUCAUCCAAAAUGCCGAGGAUGCAGGAGCAACUCAAGUGAAAUUCCUCCAUGACCUGCACAGCUAUGGAACAGAAAAACUGCAUUGCGAAGGACUUGCCCAGUUCCAGGUAAUCUGUGAAUACCCGAUGUAGUAAGCAAUUCCUUAUUACCAGAUAUGACUAAAUUGUUUGCUAUAACUGUCAUGAGUCAGAUUUAAGUACGAGACAUACUGGCAAUGCAACUCUAAGUUAUAACCCGUGACGCAGGCGUCACGCAAACGGACAAUUUCCCUAUUUUUUAUUUAUUAAAAAAAAAAAAACAGCAACAUAGAUUAUUCUUUCAUGUCUAACUCAGUAAAACUGCUAAGUUUCCUAAGGAUUCGUCGGAAACUAACGGAAAAAAUAUAUCCUUGGCAGGAAAUGUAUUGCGUCUGCACGCCAUAUAUGUCCUUGUAAAAUCCCCCAUGUUGGAGGCCCAACAUGGGGGAUUUUUACUGGGGGGUAUCUAUUCGUUUUCGACAAAUCCUCAUGAAGUUCGCAGACUUAUUAAAUUUCACAUUAUAAACUGAUCUUAAGAGGUGUUUUUGGGUCUAUAUUAACAAUACGAAUAAUUUCAAACAUUGCGUGCAUAUGAAAAAAACUCCUCAGGUCUUAAAGUCCGCUCCGUGAGGUUUUCUUUGUACGGAUGGUGUUUCAUAUAUCAUUUUAUAAAUGAUUUCCUGCAGGGCCCAGCACUCUACGCGCACAACAAUGCCACGUUCACCAAAGAGGACUGGAAAGGAAUCAGGAUGCUCUGUGACAGUAUAAAAGUCAAAGAUCCGAUGAAAGUUGGUCGGUUUGGCCUCGGUUUCAAAUCGGUGUUUCACCUCACAGGUGAGAUAAUUAUUAUGUAUUUAUCAGAACUCGACUGAUCAUUUUGUAAUUAUGGCAGCAAAAGAGUUUUGUGACACUGGCUUUUUAAGAAAACCAUCUAAAGGUUUGAAAUUUUGGCGGCACAUGUUAGAAAAACAUCCGAGACAAUUUUUGCGAUCCAUUGAAAAAAGAAAAUAUUUCCUAAUAUCACUAGGGGGCAAAUUACGCUAGCAAUCGUGAGGUAAUGUAUCGAAAAGUCCACAAACUGAAGCUUGCAAAUACAGCCGUUUCUCCUGCCCGCUGGGGACACUUCGCAGAACGUCCUUAGAUGCGAGCUAGGUGCAAAGAGAGACGGCUACAUUCGCAGGCUACACAAACCAAUAAGAUUAGAGCAACCAUUUUGGCUUAAGUUCACAAGGGUCUGAAUUUUUGAACAAAACAUUAUUAUUAAAUUAUUCUUUCCAUGUAUAAACGGUGAUCGUUCGAUUGUUUAGGUUUCCUACAGCGUCUUGUAAUGGCUGCCCUAACAUAUUUAUUUGUAGGAUACUUAAACGUGGACGCUGAGAUUGCGGUAACAAUUUUUUUCGCUCCAAAAUUAUCAAGUAAUUUGUCGUCCGUGAUAUUAUACCCAUUACUUUGUAUACUUCAUUUAUCUUUAGAUCUACCGAGUAUAUUAAGCGGUUCACAAAUCGGUGUUAUAGACCCACACGAGGAGUACUUUACCGAAGGGAGAAAUCGACGAACAGGUUACAGCUGGAAAGUAAAUGACAAUCGUCACGUCAUGGACAAUAUACCAGACCAAUUCGCGCCUUACAAUGGAGUAUUUGAUAGCAAAGACGAUGUUUUCUCCAGAGGCUGGUACAACGGUACUCUUUUUCGCUUUCCACUACGACGCCGUCCCUCUGACCUUUCUCAGACUCUCUAUUCCGCUGAAAAGGUACACACAUUAUUUGAAGGAUUCAUGGCUGACGCACACUUGAUCCUCCUUUUCCUGCAACAUCUGGAAUCUAUAGAGUUGUACGUCCGUGGAGAGUACGACGAUCAACCAAGAAAAACGUUUCAAGUUCGAAUCACAGAUGAAAGCCUUCAUUUGGUACGAGAAAGGAGGAAGGAGUUUCACAACAAGAUCUCCACUGGCAGGCUUUUGCCCCAUCCUGUCCAAGUAAGCUAUCCGAUCACGGUUGUGACUGCGCACUUUUCGCAAGGCUCAGAAACCACACAGACUCAUUCGUUUCUUGUAACCAACUACUUUUGUGGCCAGGAGGUGUCAUCUGACUUUCAAAGCCUGGCCAAAGAUCUUAGCUACUUACCCUUAGUUGGUGUGGCUAUGGCACUCGAGCCUACCCCAGCGUUUAAAGGCCACGUGUUUUGUUUCCUACCGUUACCAGUACAAAAAACAAGCCUUACAGGUUUGCCGGUUCAUGUGAAUGGCUUCUUUGCCUUGAGUCAGAACAGAAGUUAUAUCAAGUUUCCAAAUGCAGAACAAGAGGAUCAGGAGAGCAACGGUCGUCCGUUAACUGACAAGUCACUCAUAUGGAAUAGGUAUCUUUUGGAGGAGGCUCUACCCAAAGCAUAUGCAGCGAUGCUACUAGAAGCCAUCAACGAAAACAGCUACAAUAUACAAGAAGAGACCGUUUACAGGUAAGUUUAAAAUGCACCGCUUCUGAAAUGAGAUACCUUAGUUUCUUUAUUGGCGCAAAAGGGAAAAUAAUUGCAAGAAAGUGGCAUUACUUUAGCUAGUUCUCCCUUCAUGCCUCACUCUUCUGCGUAGUACGGCUACAAGUACUUGGAACAUAGAGUACAAUUUUUUUUUUUCUAUUAACUUGACCUGUACAUUCUAAUAUUUGGAAUGUAAGAACGUUUUUAGCCGCCUAUUCAGCAAAAUAGGUUGGUUCAGGGUUUUGCCAUGUUUAUAAGCCAAACAUUUUUGCCGUCAAUAUUGACAUAUGGUCUUAGGUUCCGGGUGCAAAUAGUGCAUGAACUGAUUGCAGAUUUCGUAUACUGCAUUCUGUAGGGCAUGGCCUAAUAUCGAUGCCAUCGAUCAAAAAUGGAAGAGAUUGCAGAAUCCGUUGCUCCAGACCUUGUGCUCGGCAAAUGUCGUAUACACUAAAGCUAGUGGGGGAAAGUGGCUUAAAGUGGAAGACGCUAUCUUAGAGAGACUUGAAGAACACCAGCCGAAGGAGUUGCUCGUCAACGUGUUACUAGAAGCACAUCAAAAUGUUGCCACUUUACCUGCCUACGUGUUAAAGGCAUUUACCGCCUGCGGUAAACCAGUCAUCAACGAGAUUACUCCCAUGUUGGUUAGGCAAAUCCUCAAGCAAAGUCCUUCAAGCUACAGGAACCUUGGGCGAAUGGAAAAGUUGAACCUUUUAUCGUUCAUCAUAAACUGUACAGACGAGAACUUCGCAGACCUAAUUGGAGUGGAGCUGCUGCCCGUAUCCAGUGGUUCCUUUAAAUACUUUGCAUCCUUCUCAAACUGUGAUGAAGCAGUGUACGUCUGUUCACCCGAUCAUCCAAGAAAAAUGUUUCCUUGUCUAGACCAUCAGUUUCUGGAUCAAGACCUGGACCAAAGUCUUUUCGAAAUUUUGCAGAAAGUUGCAAAGAAAGGUAUGAGCGAUAUAAAAAUAUUUUGGAAUUACUAAAAGCUAUUUUGUCUACUUCAGCCAAGAUAAUCUAGAAGUAAUUCCACUACUUGGCGAAUUAAAGUUAUAUUUAGCUCUAAACUUCUCAGGGCAUUGAGGGAGUUUUUACAGUAUUUCGUUAUUACUAACCAAUAGCUUUCUUUUGAAUGUACUCAGAAACUACUUCUUCCUUUUUUGCAUUGAGUUAUAAAUCAAAUCAAGGAAAUAGAAAGAAAGACUAUCACAGCCGGCGGCGUGUGACAGUGUUGACCUCAGACUAGAAUCUCUAUUGCUUUAACGUGGUUACUGAAUUCAAAGAAACAUGCUUUUUGGUACUUUAACGAAUUCUACACGAGCAGUGAUUGGUCGUAAACAUCCAAAGGCGACAUAGCAUAGAAAUUGGCGCACAGAUUUGAAAACGUUAGGAAGCUCUUGUGUUACUUAAUGUUCUACUAUAAUUGAACAUCAUUUGGGAUUUAUAGGGGUACAGCACCGUAAAGUAGUAUCUACACGAUAAGCAUAGUCUUCCUUGACGAUGCAGGUACCUAACAUGUUAUAGCGCUAAGCUCGGUGUAACGAGCAGUUUUCGGGGGCCAUCUAAUUGUGCGAUUUUUUCCUGCUAUUUUAGCUUGAUCCAUUUGCUAUUUAUGGGAAAUUAGUAUUUUUUUCAUCAACGUCUUUAACAAUAAACUUACGCUCAUUGCUUGUAGAUAAAUAUGUUGGAGAAAAACGUGCCGCCCAACCAAUCACGCGAUAAACUCGCCCCUGAAUCUUAAACGGCAUUUCAGAUAUGCGCUGUUGAAACCUUCAAAAUGUGACGUGCAUUUUAAGUGGGGGCUACAGUGAAAAAGAAAUUAUUUCCUUUACUGUUUAAAUAGGAUGCACCCAGUUAAAGCUUCUUAGUGGAGACGACGUGGCUUCCCUUCUUUCAAAAUCGUUGCCACCAGAGUGGUCACAAGACGAAAAAAUUUUAUGGUAUCAUGGAUCGCAUUCCCACAACCAUCCAGGAUUCGACUGGCUUGAGCUCGUUUGGAAUUACUUAAGGACGAAAUUUGCUACAAACGAUGGGCUCCGCGGGUUCACAGGUCUCCCCUUGAUUCCACAUGACAUGUCACAAGUACCAAUCAGCCUUGCUAGACUUCAACAUCCUUCUAACAUAAUUGUGAAAAGUCUCUACGAUGAAUUUCUCGACGAAACGUUGCUGCAGUCCUUGAAAGACCUUGGUCUAGUUAUCAUUCAAGAGUGUCCAUCGUACAUAACCCUUCAUCCCGCUGUCAUCAAUGCAUUUAUUUACCCGCCAUCACCACAUGGUGUCUUGAAGGCGCUAUCGGCUUGUUCAUCGGUUGUAGAAUCUAACAAGCAUUCACUGACAGACGAAGGCAAACGGUCCUUAAGGAAGUUCUUUUCCAAAGAAUCGUCGCUAGAACCUCAAGCAAAGCAGCUUCUCCGUACCCUUCCUUUGUUUGAGACGUUAAACAAAUCUUUUGUUUCUGGGGAGCAAGAUCUUUGUGCAGCUCCACCAGAAGGUUCUUAUCCCGCACAUCCGCGCAGGGAUCUGAUCGACGUCACAGAUGAUGACUCGAAGAAGUUGGCGCAUCUACUAGACAUCAGAUGUUUAUCACCGAUAGAGUUUUUUCUCGAAGUUGUAUUUCCAGAUGUCAGAGGAGGGAAUUAUUCUAACGCAGAGAUCGACAGGAUUAUGGAAUUCGUUAUGGAGCGGUUUCAAGUUUACGCCAGUGAAGAUGCUCGAUUUGAAGAAUCGCUUGCAAAUUUGCCAUUUGUACUGAGUAAAAAUAGACGGGCAAGAGCUAUGGACCUUUUCGAUCCGGGGAUUGCGUUGUUAAAACGAAUGCUGUCCGAGGAAGAUGUUUUUCCUGUUGGUGAACAAUAUACAAACCCCGCCACCCUAAUAGUUCUGAAGAAACUUGGUAUGAAGAGUGAAAAGCAAAUUAGCGCAGACGAUCUAUACCGCAGUGCCAGAAAGAUCUCCCAAAUGUCAAAUUUGAAGGAAGCAAAGGAAAAAUCGGCGGCCAUACUAGUAUAUUUAGAGAGCAAUUCAACAAAGCUUCAACAAACUGUUUCUGGGGUAACGUUGAAACAACUUUUGCGAGACGUUCCAUGGGUAUCCGAAGUAAAAGAGAGGCCCUUCGGUGUUCCUGCUAGCCUUUACAAAACUGAGGAAUCUAGCAUACCCCACUUUUAUAAGCCCACGGAAGUUACAUGUGAAGAUAAAGUUAAUCUCAUCGGAACAGUGACGCCCAUUGUAAGAGUAGAUUCUUCAAGUCAACUGGCAAAAUGUUUCGGCUGGGAUAAGAUGCCACAUGCAUUGGACGUGGUGCAACAUUUGAAAACCGUGGUCACUCACUAUACUCCGGACGAAAAGCAUUACUACAUUUCAAUUGUCAAGGACAUCUACUCAUACCUAAAUCAGGUCGCAGAUCCUGAAGUUAUCAAGGAAGCUUUGCAGGGAAUUGAAAACUCGAGCUGGGUUUGGAAUGGAGAUGGUUUUUGUUCUCCUGAUGUUGUUCUUGCUAAAAAGCCUCCGAUUGAUCUUACUCCGUAUAUUUGUUCGCUUCCCUCAGAGGUGAUGCAGUUUUCAAACUUUUUUUCGAAGUUUGGAAUGAGAGAGCACUGCGAUGAUCUGUUUUUUGUACAUGUUCUUCACCUGAUUAAACGGAAGUAUGAAUCUGGACACGAGUAUCCGAAAAAAGAGGUGAAAAGAGAUCUGCAGUUAUCUGCAGACAUCUUGAACGAGAUUAAACCAAAAGAAGGAGAAAAACUACCUAGAGAAAUUCAAGAAAAAGUCCUUAUUCCAACGCACGUAGAAGGAGAUUCCUACCUGAGGCUUGCACCAGUUAAAGAUUGUAUGUACAGUGACCGUGAGUGGCUAGAAGAUGGCACACCUGCUGAAGAAGAAACGGAUUGCUUUUUCGUGCAUCCAAACAUCCCACAUAGUACUGCGGAACUUUUACAGGUUCGCACGCGUAGAAAUCAAUUGCUAGAAGCUGAUGAGAUAGGAGAUGAAUUUGGUCAGGAGGAGAAACUUACUCGCAGAUUAAACAGACUUCUGGAGGAAUACACAGAUGGCUUCUCUGUGCCAAAGGAACUAAUUCAGAACGCAGACGAUGCUGGUGCCACUGAGGUCAGGUUUCUUUACGAUGAAAGAACUAACGAAGAUGCUAUGACCUGUCUGAUUGACGAAGGAAUGAAAGAAUGUCAAGGUCCUGCUUUGUGGGUUUACAACGACGCCGAGUUUAGGAAUGAGGAUUUUGAAAACAUUGUUAAACUUAAUGGUGGCACAAAGGAACAAGAAAAUGAAAAAAUUGGAAAGUUUGGUCUUGGCUUUAACACAGUCUACAAUCUGACGGACGUUCCUAUGUUUCUUAGCAGAAACUAUUUUGUAAUUUUUGAUCCCAACACCUUUUAUCUUGGAAAAGCGAUCAGAAAAAAAAGCAAGCCAGGAAUAAAAAUAGACGUCAACAAGAACCCGGAGAAAAAGCGAAAGUUUAGGAACCAAUUUAAACCUUUCAAUGGCAUCUUUGGUUGCGAUCUUCACCUGAACAAACCUGACAACUCAUUCCCAGGAACCCUUUUUCGAUUCCCUUUGAGAACCAAGGAACAAGCCAUAAGAAGUGAGAUUAAAGCCGUUCAUUACGACAACGACCAAAUGCGAGAGCUAUUAGAUAUUUUCGUGCGUGGAGCCAAACAUUUGCUCUUAUUUACGCAAAAUGUCUGUCAGCUAAGUAUAUUCCAUCUGCCUAGAGAAUCAACGGAAGAGACACAACCUAAGCUGAUGUUUCAGGUUACCAAGUCAUUAUCAAAAAUAGGAAUCAUUAGAGAGUUGACCGUACCCCUUGUCCUCUCACGACAUUUAAGGAAUGUUAGUACGGAUGUUCUGCACCUCAUAAAACAGUGCAACGUUCUACGAGCAUCAUCAGAAGUUGCAAGGCAUGCUGGGGGCGUCAAGGAAAUCAAUGGCAGUUUACUGAAGUCAGCCUAUACAGUCGACAUAACAAGCAACGUUGCCGAACGUGGACGCUCCUUUUUCGAGGACAAAAGCGAAAUAAAAAGUGUAUCUGAAGUUUGGUUUGUUGCAUCGUCAAUGGGCCGAGGCCAAGCAUUUAAAUUUUCAGUGAAUGAUAAAAGCCUUCUUCCAGCAGCUGCAGUGGCUGUGCAGUUGAUACCUCAAGAGAGAGAGACGUUUCUACCAGAACCUGUUGGCGGUAUAGCUGCUGGAGGUAAAUCGCAUCACAAUGGAACAGUGUUUUGCUAUCUUCCACUUCCAAUUCACACUGGUCUACCUGUGCAUAUAAAUGGAGCAUUCACAGUAGACUCAAGCAGACGCCAUUUGAAGGAGAAGACCGAGGAUGACAAAACCUGCGUUGGGGUAGAGUGGAACAAUGUUCUUUUGAAGGAUUGCGUUUGUGCGGCCUAUCUAGACCUUCUGGAAGACAUGAAGGCAGCUGCCACUAUGUACUCUUUUCACUCUUUGUGGCCUAGGGAGCAUGACGUAGAACGAUGUUUUGAGCCACUUGCCCGUUCAUUCUAUGAAAAAGUUGCCAGUGGAGGUUUCUGCCUUUUUUCAGAUGGAAAAAGAUGGGUGGACAUCAACCAAGUAGUCUUUCUGGAGCCACACUUUCGUCAUGAUCAACGUGUUGGAGACAUAUCGUUUGCAGUACUACAGAUGCUGGUCCACGAAAAUAAAGUAGUCAUUGACCUUCCAGUGGAUGUGUUGAAAUCAUUUGUGAAGUACGGUCUCAAGGAAAAGAUCCAGUGUAAAACCUACGACAAGAGUAGGUUUUUCACUGAACUGUUUUUCCCAAACAUUCAUUCUGUACCGACCGAAAUGCGUGACGAAUUGGUCCUGUUUGCAUUGGAUGAUUCACAGGGAGAAUUUGAUGAAUCGAUUAACGCCUAUGCCUGUAUUCCAGCUUCACCCCAUGGUAGAAAUCUUAAACGCCCCAACGAGCUUGUUAACCCAAACAAGGCGGCAGCUUCGCUUUUUCUUGAUAAAGAUGAAAGGUUUCCGUCAGGGACUACUAAAACCUUCCUCGAUUCUGUACGACUUGCUAAACUUGAACAGCUUGGAAUGGUGGCAGAUGAUCCCCCUUGGGUGUUAUUUGAAGAAAGAGCAGAUAGUGUCAGCGCUUUGAACAAAGAAAGUAGUAAAGCAGCUGUACAGCGCGCCAAAGUUUUAACGAAUCUCUUAGAAAGAAAGCUUUACCUUGGCAUAAACGACAAAGUCCCAGAACAAACCCAUAAGAAUCUUUUGCAAAUCAAAUUUUUUCCAGUCGCCACAAAACCAGAAGGUUUUCCUCUUUUCUGGAAAGGAGGCCAUUUUCGCCCUGAGAAAGGAGCACAACUGGUGUCAGCUAAGGAAGGUUAUCUUCAAAGCAUGAAGUAUCUUGUUUGCUGUUCUGAACCACUUGUAGACGUCUAUGUUCCUUCAAACGUUAAAAAGUUCCUACAGUUGGACAAAAAUGUCACUCUUGAGCACAUUGUUGCCCAACUCGACGUCGCCUCCAGUACAGACGACAGCUUGAAUUCAGUCCAGUUUGAAACAGUGAAAGCAGUCUGUUUAGAAGCUUACAAGAACCUGCAGGCAGCCUUAAAUAAUGAACAAAUCGACGAAAAUCAAGUGAAAAGUAUUUUUCAAGAUAAAAAAUUCAUUCUUGCUGGAAGAGAAUUUGUUGAUACAAAACAUGUUGCUUUUGAAUUACCUUUCGACUGCCGUCCGUACCUCCAUAAGCUGCGUGACGACCUCGCAAAACCAUUUUGUAGCUUGAUGAAGAGAGCUGGGGUGAAAGAGUUCUAUGAGGCCAGCGACUUCGUCACUGCUUUGGAAGAAAUGAAAAGAAAGUUUGACGACGCAGCACUGGAGGAGAAAAACCUUCAGGUUGCCGUUCAUCUGGCCUGCCAACUGGGUGAGUGCCUUUCAGAUUGUGAUGCAGCUGUUAGCAAGCAACAAACAAUUUAUAUUCCUGACUCUCAAGGUAUAAUGCAACCUGCGAGUAAACUUUGCAUUCAAGACUGUCUCUGGAUUUCUGAUGAAAAUGAUGUUUACUAUGCGAACAGCAUGAUUCCCCAUCCAAUAUGCCGUACAUUGGGAGUAAAAACACGCCGAGCAGAAGCACUCAGCCGCUUUGCAUUUGGAAUUCCGUUUGGACAAAAGGAAAAGCUGACAAAUCGAUUACAGCGCCUACUUCAAGCCUACCCAUGUGAAAAAGAAAUUUUGAAAGAACUUCUUCAGAAUGCUGAUGAUGCAGAGGCAACAGAGAUCUGUUUUAUUAAAGACCCAAGACGACAUCCAGAUGAACGUGUUUUUGAGGACUCAUGGAAACCACUUCAGGGUCCUGCAUUAUGCGUGUACAAUAACAAGCCAUUCACUGAAGUGGAUAUCAAAGGAAUACAGAAUCUUGGGGAAGGAAGCAAAGGCGAUGACCCCAACAAAACUGGUCAGUACGGCGUGGGUUUCAACGCUGUUUACCACUUGACUGACGUCCCUACAUUUUCCUCAAGUGGUGACGAGAUUGGAGAUGUUUUGUGUGCUUUUGAUCCAAAUUGCACUUACGUACCAGGAGCGAAUCAGUGGGAACCAGGAAGGAUGUUCAAGGAGACAACAAAGCUGAGAAGAAAUUUUCCAGAUGUUUUUUCCUGCUAUAAUGAUGACCAUUUCCCCUUACGAAACUCUACUAUGUUUCGGUUUCCACUAAGAACUGAAGAGAUGGCAAGCCAUUCUAAAAUAUCCGACCGUCCUGUAACACUUGAAAAAUUGACAGAAAUGAUGGAAUCAUUAAAAGGAGAGCUUUUUGAGGUUCUCUUGUUUGUUAACAAUGUUAGAAAGAUCACCUUGUGUGACAUCGACGAGAAUGGAGAAGUGGUGAAUUCGUACUUUGUCAAAGCUGAAAUAUCAGAGGAGGAUUCACUGGUAAGACAGUCGUUUUCUACUUACGUGAAAGAUAUUGGAGGGUCAGUGAAACAAAAUGGCAGCGAGUCACCUAUAGAAGCCGCAGUUAAAACGUGCUCCUAUGUUCUUAACCUAGAGGAUAGUAGUGGCAACAAGGAAAGGUGGCUAAUUGUCCAGCGAAUCGGCUUCGAACGCAAAGUGAAUGACAGCAUCAUCGAUGCUUACCAAAACCAUGAUCUUGGCAUGCUUCCUCGAGGUGGUGUAGCUUGCUUGUUGCAACGCAAAUCCGUUGAAAAUGAGCCAGUGCAAAGAACGAAGAAGGUGUACUGCUUUCUUCCGCUUCCUAUCGAAACGAAUCUUCCCGUGCAUAUUAAUGGUCACUUUGCAUUAGACCACGAGGCAAGAACAAACUUCUGGAGAAAUGAAAGUGGUGGCUACAAACGUGACUGGAACAAUGUCUUGAUGAGUGAUAUCAUAACUUCAUGUUAUCUCACACUUCUCGACAAAGCGAGGAGCUUUUAUCACCUGCCAGUUACGCAUACCUCCGAAGAAGUUACUGUCAGCUGUAGUAAAGACUGGUUAGCAGCUAAUGUAGACAUCUUUGAGAGGCUGUUUCCCUCUAUGGCUCAAGGCAAUCCGUAUCUGAUCACUUUGGUUAAAUCUGUCUACCAGGAAAUGGACCGCAAGUGUUUACGAUUUCUUCCAGUAUUGCGUGACAACACUUCAGAGGACUCUACUCCCAUUUGCCAGCUCGCCUGGCUUCCUCUAACUGGGAAUGGGAAGGACAAAGCGUUCUUUAACUGUCUAGGGGAAAACGAUUGUUUCAGUGCUGUUCAAACACGAAGAUUCAGUGAGAGUGAGAACGAAAUGGAGCGUUUAAACGCGAAAAGGGCUUCGUUUGAAGAAAUUCUGCUUCAAACUGGGUUUAAUCUGGUGACAUUUUCUUUGUCAGUAUUCAAAGAGGCACAAGAAUCAGGUGUACGCCCUUGCUGUGUUUCCCCUUCUGAUGUAAUAGAGUUUUACAAGUCUUUUAGUGGUGAGAUACCUCUGUGCAAAGUUACUUCACUAUAUGUUGAUGUCAAGGAUACCCCAUUCAAGAAUGUUGAAACUGUGACAACAAUACUUACCUAUUGUAAAGACAGCGACAAGUUUCUGGAAAAGCUAUCUGGCCUUCCAUUACUUGUCACACAGGAUAAUCAUCUGCACGCCUUUAGCACUAUUGAUCCCAAGUUUCUUUCCCGUCAUCACGGGAUCCUUCCACAGUGUAAAGAAAUGUUUGUCCAUGACCAUGUUAGGAUAAAUAUCUUUGGUAAAGCGGAGAGUCUAAAAGCAUCAGUUUUUACGCGUUUUGAUGUUAACAGCUUCGCAGCCAACUUACAUCGAACGCUACCGCAAGGGUAUAUUAACAGUGGGAAAUACGUGGAAUGGAACCCAAAUCAAGCCAUAGAGCCAAAUUUUGAAUGGGUUAACAGAGUGUGGAAAUUCCUAGCCGAAGCGAUAGACGAUGCCCUCAGUGAGUGGAAAAGAAAGCAAAAAGAGAUUUCCAGAAACAACCAAGCAGUCAACGAGAGUGUGGUGUUACAGCCACUCAGUAAAGAGGAAGAAACCCGCAUCAUUCGAACAGUACUCGAACCUUUGGCCCAAUGGUGCAUUCUCCCAUGUACAGAAACGGCAAACAGUCCUAGGGAAAUAAGUCCUUCUGGAGUGCAAGUGAAACAAUACCUGCUACCCUUGAGUCUGUCAGAAUCUGUAAUUCAUUUACCGUCCCAUGAUGCCACAAAUAGGGAAGUUGUGGACGUAUUACGGUUGGUUAAUUUGCCUGAACUUAAUGGGCGUGUUUUGCUAUCAACAAGUGCUACACAUACGCUGCCAAAUUCCUUCCGAUAUGCUUGUCGGUUGGUGGCCUCGAUUGAUUCACCAAAACUAAUCCUGAAAGCACUGGACGCGAAGAUGACCAGGGACACGCACUCUCUUCAUGGAAAGUUGAAAGCAACUGAAUGUCGCACCAUUUUGGGGUAUUUUAGCAAAAAUGUGAAAGACCUGUCAGAAGGAGAUAAGAGACCCUUAAAAAGACUUCCCUUUUACGGGGCCAUACAUGGUGGACUCUUGAGCAUAGAUGACAACAGCGUCUGUGUAGUUCCUGUAGACGUUCCAAGUAAAGGAAUGGAAGUUUUAGAAAGCGUGAGUGAUGUCGUGUUUCUGAAGUGGUGGUACGGCCUUUCUGACUUGCAAAAAUUUCUAGAAUUUGAAUCCACCUCAUCGGUUGAUAUGUAUUGCAAGUUCAUUUUGAAGUUCUUUCAUGUCUUCUCCAGUGAAGCAAGGCUAGUUCAUCUUGAGCACAUCCGUGACAGAAUUUUGAACCAAGUAUUUGCUAAGGAGUAUGACAAGCAGCGAUUGUUGUAUUGUCUAGAAAGUACAAAUAUCAUUCCUUCUGGAGACGGUACCUUAGUGAAGGCAAACUGUUAUUAUAAUCCAGAGAACGAGGUGUUCAAAGCUUUGCUUUCAGAUGACCUGUUUCCGCCAGAACCCUUUAACAGUGAGGAAUGGCUGCCGUUUUUAAAACGUAUCGGAUUGAUUCACGAAAUUUCUCAAGAUCUUUUCAAGAUGUUUGCUCUGAAAAUCGCAAACGAAGCCGUUACACAGCCCACGGAGAACACUGAGUUGAAGUCAAAAGUCCUUGUUGCACACCUGUUCAAGAGGAGCAAUGUUGUAGAAGAAGGCCUUCUUGAAGCUAUCUGCGAUAUUAAGUUUGUCCCUUCAGACCCUGUCAAGCCAAACCUUCGAGCAAUAUAUCGACCAUACGGUGAACGACAUGACGGUAAGCCAACUUACAUUUCUUUCCGCGGUUCUGUAGUAGCAAAGCAUGCCAAAAUAGUUUGGACAACGGCUCCUCUUCUUCCUCAAUGGGCAAAUCCGAGGGAAUAUCAGUAUCUGAUGCAUGCACUUAAUUGGAGCAAUAUGGAUCACUACUGCUACGCAGCAAUGGAAAAGCUAGGAAUUCUGGCAGAGCCAACUGUAACGCUUGUUACAUCGCACUGCCAAAUUGUGUCGACCCACUUAGAAAAAGAAAAUGAUAGAGACCUGACUGCGGAUCAGAUGACCACAAGAAUGUCAGUCAUGAUGAAAAUCUACAGAUUCUUGAAAGCUAAGGCUACCUCAUCUGCUUUUGGAAAAGACCAACUGAGACACACACCAUGUAUUUUAGUUGAAGAAGGCAGGCGUCUCGUAAGAGUUCACCAAAUAGUUAUUGAACUAAACAAGGAAUAUGAGAUUCAGCCAUACCUCUACAGGGUACCAGCAGAGCUUGUUCAGUUUGCGGGCUUGUUUCAGUAUUUGGGCUGUGCUUCUGUAGUGAAUAUAUCUCAUUUCGCUAUGGUCUUAGAUAUGCUGAAACAGAAACGUAAGGAGAAACAACUAGAUCCCAAUGAGAAAAUGUGCGCUUUAACAGCUGAAAGAGGUAUUUUUGAAGCACUUAAAGAUCAUUCGAACGAUGGCCAAAAUUUGCCCUCACUUUACCUGCCAGCCACACGUCCAUUUAUUGACAAAGAUGAUGGCCUUUCACCGCCUGUCGUGUUGCAAAAAUCAGCGGAACUUCUCUUUGAUGAUGCCCCGUUUUACCAUGAACGCAUUAAAGGG